AUGCAGUACUACCCCAUUGAUGGUCCCGGCGGCGAGAGAAUAGUAUAUCUUUACGCAAAACCGCACGAAGGAGCCUCUCUUCGUUUUAUCACCAAUCGCAACAGGUAUCUGAUUUUCGGAAAGGCUCACCCUGACGCAACGAGGUUUCCGUUACAUGAACACCAGGGCGAUAUCACCAUGGGUAUCUACUGCAACUGGUACACUGCACUCGAUGACUACAAUAGUGGUGUAAUAACGCACGAGCUGGUGAUCAUUGGCGCCUUCUCACGCAAUGUUGGCUAUUACGAAAGCCACGCUCCACAAACUGAUUCCGGGGGACUCUGCUGGAACCCAAGUCAGCCGGUCACAGCAAUCUACGAGCAGGGUCCUGUUCUUGUCGUUAUGCUACUGUUGCCUGGGUCGAUUGCGGAAGACCCUUAA